UCUCUCUUUAUCUAUCUAUCUAUCUAUCUAUCUAUCUAUCUAUCUAUCUAUCUAUCUAUCUAUUGCCGUCUGUUCUAUCUAUCUCUCUAUCUGUCUGUCUCUCUUUAUCUAUCUAUCUAUCUAUCUAUCUAUCUAUCUAUUGCCGUCUGUUCUAUCUAUCUCUCUAUCUGUCUGUCUCUCUUUAUCUAUCUAUCUAUCUAUCUAUCUAUCUAUCUAUUGCCGUCUGUUCUAUCUAUCUCUCUAUCUGUCUGUCUCUCUUUAAAGUCUGUUCUAUCUAUCUCUCUAUCUGUCUGUCUCUCUUUAUCUAUCUAUCUAUCUAUCUAUCUAUCUAUCUAUCUAUCUAUCUAUCUAAUUGCCGUCCGUUUCUAUCUAUCUCUCUUUAUGACGUCUGUUCUAUCUAUCUCUGUCUGUCUCUCUUUAUCUAUCUAUCUAUCUAUCUAUCUAUCUAUCUAACAUUUCUAUCUCUUUUGUCUCUCUUUAUCUAUCUAUCUAUCUAUCUAUCUAUUGCCGUCUGUUCUAUCUAUCUCUCUAUCUGUCUGUCUCUCUUUAUCUAUCCAUCUAUCUAUCUAUCCACCGUCUUUCUAUAUCUAUCUGUUCUAUCUAUCUCUCUAUCUAUCUGUCUCUUUAUCCAUCUAUCUAUCUAUCUAUCUAUCAUCUAUCUAUUGUCGUUCUGUUCUAUCUAUCUCUCUAUCUGUCUGAAUUUAUCUAUCCAUCUAUCUAUCUAUCUAUCUAUCAUCUGUUCUAUUUGUCGUCUGUUCUAUCUUCUAUCUGUCUCUCUUUAUCUAUCUAUUCAUCUAUCUAUCUAUCUAUUGCCGUCUGUUCUAUCUAUCUAUCUUUAUCUAUCUAUCUAUCUAUCUAUCUAUCUAUCUAUCUAUCUAUCUAUUCUCUCCGUCUGUUCUAUCUAUCUCUCUAUCUGUCUGUCUCUCUUUAUCUAUCUAUCUAUCUAUCUAUCUAUCUACCUAUCUAUCUAUCUAUUUCGUCUGUUCCAUCUAUUCUCUAUCUAUCUAUCUAUCUAUCUAUCUAUCUAUCAAUCUAUCUAUCUAUCUAUCUGCCGUCUGUUCAUCUAUCUCUCUAUCUUUAUCUAUCUAUCUAUCUAUCUAUCUAUCUAUCUAUAUCUAUCUAUCUAUCUAUCCAUCCAUCCUCUAUCUCUGUCUGUCUCUUUAUCUAUCUAUCCAUCUAUCUAUCUACCCAUCUAUCCUAUCUAUUCCGUCUUCUAUCUCUCUCCCCAUCUGUCUCUCUCUAUCUAUCUAUCUAUCUAUUGCCGUCUGUUCUAUCUAUCUCUAUCUGUCUGUCUCUAUCUAUCUAUCUAUCCAUCUAUCCAUCCAUCUAUCUAUCCAUCCUAUCUAUCCAUCUAUCUAUCUCUCUAUCUGUCUGUCUCUCUUUAUCUAUCUAUCCAUUAUCUAUCUAUCUAUAUAUCUAUCUAUCUAUUGCCGUCUGUUCUAUCCAUCUCUAUCUGUCUGUCUCAUCUAUCUAUCUAUCUAUCUAUCUAUCUAUCUAUCUAUCUAUCUAUCUAUCUAUCUAUCUAUCUAUCUAUCUAUCUAUCUAUUGCCGUCUGUUCUAUCUAUCUGUCUGUCUCUCUUUAUCUAUCUAUCUAUCUAUCCAUCUCCAUCUAUCUAUCUAUCUAUCUCUAUCUGUCUGUCUCUCUUUAUCUAUCUAUCUAUCUAUCUAUCUAUCUAUCUAUCAUCCAUCUAUUGCCGUCUGUUCUAUCCAUCUCUCUAUCUGUCUGUCUCUCUUUUCUAUCUAUCUAUCUAUCUAUCUAUCUGUCUAUUAUCUAUCUAUCUAUCUGUCCGUCUCUCUCUAUCUAUCUAUCUAUCUAUCUAUCUAUCUAUCUGUCAUGUCUAUCUAUCUAUCUAUCUGUCCAUUCCAUCUUUAUCCAUCUAUUCACCUGUCUGUAUCUAUUGCCGUCUGUUCUAUCUAUCUAUCUGUCUGUCUCUCUUUAUUCAUCUAUCUAUCCAUCUAUCUAUCUAUCUAUCUAUCUAUCUAUCUGUCUGUCUCUUUAUCUAUCUAUCUAUCUAUCUAUCUGUUCUAUCUAUCUCUCCAUCUGUCUGUCUCUCUCCAUCUAUCUAUUUAUCUAUCAUCUAUCCGUCUGUUCUAUCUAUCUAUCUGUCUGUCUGUCUCUCUCCAUCUAUCCAUCCAUCCAUCCAUCUAUCUAUCUAUCUAUCUAUCUGUCCGUUCCAUCCAUCUCUCUAUCCGUCCGUCUUCCUCCAUCUAUCUAUCUAUCUAUCUAUCUAUUCUAUCUAUCUCUCAUCUAUCUAUCUAUCUUUAUCUAUCCAUCUAUCUAUCUAUCUAUCUAUCUAUCUAUCUAUUGCCGUCUGUUCUAUCUAUCCAUCCGUCUGUCUCUCUAUCCAUCUAUCUAUCUAUCUAUCUAUCUAUCCAUCUAUCUAUCUAUAUCUAUCUAUCUAUAUCUAUCUGUCUGUCCCCUCUUUAUCUAUCUAUCCAUCUAUCUAUCUAUGCCGUCCGUCUGUUCUAUCUAA